UCGGUCACGUGACCGUGUGACAGCUAGCAACAUGGCGACCUCCGGUGAAAAUAAUGUCGCUUCUGUCAGAAGACGCCUCAAAGCCAGCUUGAAAGACGCAAAGUGUACAGACAGCAGCAGCAGAGAAGAUGCGGCGAGCACAGUCGAAAGCACCAAGAAAGGAAAGAAGCUCCAGUCGUUAGAAACGGGGACUUUUUGGCUCACUCGUAUUGUUCUGCUGCGCUCCGUUUCCUUUAUUUACUUCGUGGCGUUCAGUGUCGCGUACAACCAGAAUAAACAGCUGAUUGGUGAAAACAGCCUGAUGCCUUGCAAGACCUACCUCAAUAGUGUCAAGCACUACGUGGGAGGGAAGAUAGGCAUGGCUGCUCUGGCAUACACACCGUCCAUCCUCUGGUUCUUGGACUGGAGCAAUAUGGAUGCCAACUUAGAUGGCAUCGCCUUGUUGGGGAUGGCCCUCUCCGGUUUUGUUCUGGUGACGGGAAUGGCCAAUGUGGUGAUCAUGGUGUCCUUGUGGGUGCUAUACCAUUCCUUGGUCAAUGUGGGACAGCUGUGGUACUCCUUUGGCUGGGAGAGUCAGCUGCUGGAAACCGGAUUCCUGGCCAUUUUCCUGUGUCCAGUUUGGACUCUGUCUCAAGUCCCCCGCCGUAGCCCCCCGUCCCUCAUCUCCAUCUGGACUUUCAGGUGGCUUAUUGUUCGCAUCAUGCUUGGAGCUGGCCUGAUUAAAAUCAGAGGGGACAAAUGUUGGAGAGACCUCACCUGCAUGGAUUAUCACUAUGAGACCCAGCCUGUUCCGAACCCCAUGUCCUACUACAUGCAUCACUCCCCUUGGUGGUUCCAUCGCUUCGAGACUUUAUCCAACCACUUCAUCGAGCUCAUUGUGCCCUUUUUCACCUUCCUGGGCAGGCGAAUGUGCAUCAUCAAUGGUGCACUCCAGGUCCUGUUCCAGAUAGUUCUGAUAUUGAGCGGGAACCUCAGUUUCCUAAACUGGUUGAGCAUUGUUCCCAGUCUGGCCUGUUUUGAUGACGCAUCACUGGGCUUCUUGUUUCGCUCCAGAAGUGGAGCCAAAAAAACAGUACUGAAGAUUCAGGAUGAGGAUAAAAGUGGACGAACCCCUGAAGCAACUAAAGGAAUGCAGAUUCGUCACAUUCUCAAUGUGUCUUUGGGCAUUCUGAUUGGCUGUCUGAGUGUUCCAGUGCUCAUGAACCUACUGAGUCCCAGACAGGUGAUGAACACCUCUUUUGACCCACUGCGCAUCGUCAACACCUACGGGGCCUUUGGCAGCAUUACCAAGGAGCGCACUGAGGUGAUUUUCCAAGGUACUCUGAGUGAGGAUCCCAAAAACCCAAAGGCAGUUUGGGAGGAAUACCAAUUCCUUUGUAAGCCAGGAGAUCCGUACCGACGGCCGUGCCUCAUUUCCCCAUAUCAUUACCGCCUGGACUGGCUCAUGUGGUUUGCGGCCUUCCAGACCUACGAGCAAAGUGAGUGGGUCAUUCACAUAGCAGGACGCCUGUUAGCUAAUGAUAGCACAGUCCUCUCGCUACUAGACCACAACCCCUUCCAGGACAGAGGCAUCCCCAGGUGGGUUCGCGGAGAACAUUUCAGAUAUAAGUUCAGCCAACCGGGCAGUACCAGUGCGGCCGAGGGUAAGUGGUGGCUGAGAAAACGCAUCGGUCCCUACUUCCCUGCUGUGGACCUGGAGGCACUCAGGGGAUACUUCCAGUCCAGGGACUGGCCCCACCCACAUAUACCAACACAGAAGAAUUGAGGACAACAGCGACAUAUUGACACACACACACACACACACAGGACUAUAGAGGUCCGAAGAGCUCAUUAAUACAUUAAAAGAACAUGAAUACAUUUGUGUAUCUGACUUAAAUUGGGGCCAACAUUAGCCAUAUGAUCGUCAUGGUAUGUAUGUGUCAUUUUUUUGAAGUAUGCCACUGCUUUUGACCAAAAUGAAAUGAGCAAACAAGUCA